AUGUGCUGCAAAUUCCCUAAGCAGUGGAGUAGUUCGUUGGCACUAGAUGAGUGGUGGUACAAUUCCACUUACCACUCUGCUAUUAAUAUGUCUCCUUUUCAAGCGUUGUAUGGUUAUCCACCUCCUUUGGUGGGCUAUGGAGUGGUGGAGGAAUUUAAAUCCGUAGGUGUGGAGCAAUGGGUCAACGAUCAUGCUAAGUUGUUGCAACACCUUAAAGAAUUGUUGCAACGGGCUCGGGACCGUAUGAAACUUCAUGCCGAUAAGCAUCGGCAAGAGCGGGCCUUUGUGGCAGGAGACUGGGUGUAUUUAAAGCUAAAACCAUAUAAACAGUUGAUUGUCCGUCGGAUUGGGGCCGUGGCGUAUGAAUUACAGUUACCACCCACAGCCAAAAUUCAUCCCGUUUUUCAUGUUUCUUUGCUCAAGAAGCAUGUUGGCUCGCGGGAUCAGAUUGUGGCUGAUAUUCCGCCUAUGACAGAUAAUGGGGAGUUGCUUUUAGUCCCGUUGAAGGUGUUGGACAGGCGUAUGGUUAAACGCAACAAUAUCGCCGUGGGUCAAAUGCUCGUGCAAUGGGCUCAUUUACCGAUGGAAGAGGCGACGUGGGAAGACGCGGAUUCAAUGCUGCAACGUUUUCCUUUAUUCCACGCAUGA